AUGACCAAUAAGAAUCAUGAGGCUUCAAUGAGGAAUUUAGAGAGACAAAUUGGACAAUUGUCCAAAAAUCAAGCUGAGAGACCCACCAAUGUUUUCCCAAGUGAUACCAUUCCAAAUUCCAAAGAAGAAUGCAAGGCAAUUCAACUUAAAAGUGGAAGGACACUGGAGAAUGACAAGGUUGACAACAAGAAGUUGCAAAGAGAGCUUAAGGACCAGCAAUUCCCCAAGUUCCUAGAGGUUUUCAGGAAGUUGGAGAUCAACAUCCCCUUUGCUGAGGCAUUGGAGCAAAUGCCUUUGUAUGUAAAAUUUCUAAAGGAACUCAUCAACAAGAAGAGAAGCUGGAAUGAAAAGGAGACUGUGAUCCUGACACAAGAGUGCAGUGCUCUAAUCCAAAGAGGUCUCCCACCAAAACUUAAAGACCCAGGGAGCUUCAUCAUAUCAUGCACCAUAGGCAACAUGACAUUAGAAAAGGCUCUCUGUGAUUUAGGUGCUAGCAUCAACUUGAUGCCUCUCUCCUUAAUGAAAAAGCUUGCAAUAAAGGAAGUUAAAACCGCUAGAAUGUCACUCCAAAUGGCAGAUAGAUCACUCAAGAUACCUAAUGGAGUUGUAGAGAAGUUGUUAAUGAAGGUUAGAGAUUUUGUUUUCCCUGCUAAUUUUGUCAUUUUGGACACGGAGGAAGAGGGACACAACUCAAUCAUAUUGGGGCGACCUUUCUUAUCCACAGCAAGAGCUAUCAUUGAUGUAGAGAAAGGAGAAAUGAUCCUCCGGGUGCAUGAUGAACAAAUGAUCAUUAAUGUCUUUAAAGCCAUGUAA